UUCUGGUAAAUUUACGGCGGCUGCUUCGGAGCUUCUGGAGAAGAAGUACUGUAUUCUUGUAUAAGUGGGUUCAUACCUUGGCCCGGGUGUUCAAGAUUAAAAUGAAGUGUGUAUAUACCUUUGCGGUGGUUGUUCUGGUUGCUAUGGCAACAAAGAUGGCGGAGGCAUGUUGUCUUCCGGACCGGGCCAAGGUGGACAUUUUCUACGAGGUUAACAUGAUUAUGACGAAACCUAAUGAUAAUGUGACUAUUGGGACUAGCGGCAUAGCAGCCGUUGCAUGGGACUUCACUGCGCAGAAGUUUGCGGUUAAGUUUGGCCCGAUCAUGAUGAAGGUAAAUGAGUUCGAAGAAUACCCCUUAGUCACAAGGGCUUACUACCUGAUUGACCUGGCCAAGGGAGAGAUUAUAGGGAAUACAGAUGGACCCAUCAAAACCAACGAAUGUUUGUCAUUGAAAGUUCAAGGUCAACUCACGGACAAAUACCAGUGCACUCUGGGUAAUCAUUCUGGUUUUGAGGAAGUGGCGACUACAUCUGGGAUGACUAUCUACCAGAAGGUUGACGGGAAGAGCCAGCUGGCUUUUGCCCUUGACGCAAACUGUGUCCCGACACUCCUCCAAGCGGUGACCACACUGCCCAACGAUACCGGAAGUUUCGGAAAGAAGUUUGAGGUCGUUAACAUUGAGCUUGAGGUAGAAGACGACGAUUUCCUUGCGCCCUGUGAUAACCCUAAAGUUUUUUCACGCCCUGCAUUGAAGAUCCCUCCUGCUGAAAAAGCAGUGGAGGUUUUGUCGGCGAUCAUUCUACAAGCCGGGGAAUCCGUGAGUGGCCGCCGUUAGCAGCAGACGUUUACACAUCGGAUGCCAGAUAUCAAGAUGAUUGCUGACUGCAAACCGUCCAAUCACCAAAGACUUUCCUCGAAAUUAACCUUUAUGUUCCAACUACGAUAUCGCAUAUCCAUCCUCCCAUAAAACAGUAUCCUUGAUCUGUUCUAAAGUACAUUCACUGUGGACAUGAACAUUGAGUGUAUUUAAGAAUGGCAGGGUCGAAAUACUAACUCAAGUUUCACCGAUCUAAGGGCAGUGAAACUAGCGUUAUUUGAAAAUAAUCUCUUCAAGUUUGAUAUACAACACAACUAAAAAUGCCUGUGAUGAUACGACAGAAAUUAAUUAAUUUUUUCCCUUCCGAGUAAAGUCACGACUUUUCUAGAUAGUCUUCUCAGAAUAAAGUAUAUGAUGCUGA